CUCAGUUGCAGACUGUGCCGGGCUGGCAGCUGGCAGAGAGCGCAGCGGCAGGAUGAGUGCAGGUUCGGACCCCGUGGUCAUCGUCUCGGCGGCGCGGACUGCCAUAGGCUCCUUCAAUGGUGCCCUGUCCACUGUGCCUGUCCACGACCUGGGGACAACUGUCAUCAAAGAAGUCCUGCAGAGAGCCAAGGUGGCUCCAGAAGAGGUGUCCGAGGUCAUAUUUGGACACGUUUUGGCGGCAGGCUGUGGGCAGAAUCCUACUCGACAAGCCAGUGUGGGUGCAGGGAUCCCCUACUCAGUUCCAGCAUGGAGCUGCCAGAUGAUCUAUGGCUCCGGCCUGAAAGCCGUGUGCCUUGCAGCCCAGUCCAUAGCCAUAGGCGACUCCAGCAUUGUGGUUGCCGGAGGCAUGGAGAACAUGAGCAAGGCCCCUCAUUUGGCUCACCUGAGAACAGGAGUCAGGAUGGGUGAGGUGCCCCUAGCUGACAGCAUACUCUGUGACGGUCUCACAGAUGCAUUUCACAACUAUCAUAUGGGUAUCACAGCUGAAAAUGUAGCCAAAAAAUGGCAAGUGAGUAGAGAGGCCCAGGACAAGGUUGCAGUUCUGUCCCAGAACAGAGCAGAGCAUGCGCAGAAAGCUGGCUACUUUGACAAGGAGAUUGUGCCAGUGCUGGUGUCUUCCAGAAAAGGUGUUACUGAAGUGAAGAUUGAUGAGUUUCCUCGUCAUGGGAGUAACAUUGAAGCCAUGGGCAAGCUAAAACCUUACUUUCUUACGGAUGGAACGGGGACAGUCACCCCAGCUAAUGCAUCAGGAUUGAAUGAUGGUGCCGCUGCCGUGGUUCUCAUGCAGAAGUCGAAAGCUGAGAGUCGAAUGCUGAGACCUUUAGCACAAAUAGUCUCCUGGUCACAAGCUGGUGUGGAGCCUUCCGUUAUGGGAGUAGGACCGAUUCCAGCCAUAAAGCAAGCUGUUGCAAAGGCAGGCUGGUCCCUGGAUGAUGUUGAUGUGUUUGAAAUCAAUGAAGCCUUUGCAGCGGUGUCUAUUGCAAUAGCUAAAGAACUUGGAUUAAACCCUGAGAAGGUCAACAUGGAUGGAGGAGCCAUUGCCUUGGGCCACCCUCUGGGAGCAUCUGGCUGUAGGAUUCUGGUGACCUUGUUGCACAGCCUAGAGAGAGUGGGUGGGACCCGCGGGGUCGCAGCCCUGUGCAUUGGGGGUGGGAUGGGGAUAGCCAUGUGUGUUCAGAGAGGAUGAUCUGCCCUGCAGACACCACCCUGGUUCGGGUCUUGUCAGAUCAGUGAGACACUAAAUAGAAUGUGAACUCAGAGGACCAAAGGGAGGACAGGAAGCCAGGUGCACAGCUUGCUGUACUUUAAUGUGAGAUACCCAAGGCCUCGCACCUGACACUCUUAUAAAUAAAAGGGAAAUCCAAUCAGUCAUCAAGGGCUCCAGGGUAGAUGGCAUUUUUUUCUUUCUUUCUGUUGUUUUGUUUUGUUUUGCUUUUGCUUUUUUUGGAACAGAGUUUCUCUGUGGAGCCUUGGCUGUCCUGGAACUCACUCUGCACACCAGGUUGACCUUGAACUCACAGAGAUCCCCCUGCCUUUGCCUCCCUGAGUGCUGGGAUUAAAGGCUAUGCGGCACCACCACCUGUCUGUGAAUGGCAUUUUCAUAACUUCCAUGUUUCUCAUCUUUGAUUUUUGGGUCUAAUUUUCUCCAAUCAUUGAUUUUUAUUUGUUUUUGAGUCAGGGUCUCACCAUGUGGCCUGAAAAUCGUUUUGUAGUCACAUUGCCUUUGAGCUCCCAGAAAUCCACCUGGCUGUGCCUCCUGAGUACUUGGACUAAAGGCAUGCACUGUCAUGCCUGGCCCCAAAAUGAUCCAGUCAAAGAAUGGGGAUUGUGGCUUCUGUUGCAGACUCUUUACUUAACUAUGGUUGCUUCAAACACCCCUGCUUGCUUGCUGUCUUGUGGGUUCCCAUUGAUCAAGACCAAUCCGGUAAUGGUGGAAAUCGGAUUCAAUGAUCUCUUUCAAACUGAUGUGGUGGGUAUUCCAGCUAUUUAGUGUAAAAGACUAGGAGUUCUAACAGGUGUACUUCUGGGUUGAUCAACAGGCAGCUUUGAUGUAUUUCUUUCUGCUCUUGACUGAAUGAGAUGGUAACUGCUCCAAAUUUCUGCUUUGACUUCCCCAAAAUGAUGAACUGUACCCUGGAAUUGUGAACCAAAUAAACUUUCCUCUCUUA